UCUGUCAAAUGGCCGCACAGGAAACGAUCGCCCGCUUCUGGCUGGCUUCCAAAGCCGAGCUGGAAGAUGUCCUGCUGCACGAACAGCUCAUCCAGCGCUUCGAACCCACCAAGGACCCUCGCGUCGCACACGAGGUCAUUUCGGAACUAUACUGUCGCUAUGUCCACCUCUGCCGGAUGUUGGAUCGCUGCUAUGACCAAACACUGCAGGUUCAAAAGCGCCAGGUCGUCACCGUGCUGGCGGAAUCCGCCAACCGGAGGAUGAUGGAACUACAACUAAAGAUCAAGCAGAUGGAACUGAGUGAGUUCACGUAUAUCGAUGGGGCUUUGCGGGAGCUUCACUUGAUCCCAGAAGACGUGCAGGUCGUUCGACCGUGUUACUUUCCGCUGGAACGUUCGGAAGAGUUUGUUGCGUUGAGAUCGAGCCGGAAGUUGGAACCUUUGACGAGCAGUUCAAGCGAUGAGCUGAGUGCCAGUGAGGAAAGCGAGGAGGAACCUCCACCGGAUCCGAGACGUCCCGUUGUUCGGAGGGAUCGGGCUAAAGAGAAACGCGUGGCAGCACUGAAUCUGAUUCUUGCCCACGAGAAGGCCCGCCACGCUCGGAUCAUGCUGUACAAUUUCAAAGCUCAUCCCAAAAAGUUCUUCGCAAAGCCUCGGGAGGAUGCUAUACUGGACUUUCACUACGAGUUCUACCAUCGACCGGAUCAGUACAUGUUGAUUCCGGUGAAGCGAACGGUGUUUACCUGGGACUACCGGCUGAAGAAGAAGGACGUCGUGGACUUUCCGUACUACCGACCGCCUGGUUGGGUUGAAGAAGCCACCGUGGAAAGUAAGCCGAGAUUUGUAGCGGAAGUAAAGGCGGAACAAGCCGUUGAAGAAGUUGAGGAAGAGGAAGACAACACGGAGGAGCUGAUCGAGCUGAUGAUCAACAAUCGAGCGGCACGACGGAUACAGCGGUACUGGCGAAAGUACCAGGAGCGCAAACGAUUGAUCCGCGAGCGGUACAAAAAGUCUGCGUUUCUUGGAAUGAUCGAUGAGAUGGAGCGAGGUCCUGAUUUGGGUGCACGAAUCGACCAAGCCGAAGCUGAACGGAGAAAACGCAAGCUGGAGUUUGACGAGGCGUUCGUGCAAGCGAUCAAAGAUGAAAAGGCGAGAAUUUUGCAGCAACGUGGUCCGUGGAUCAUGGAGGACAUCUCGGAUCACAUUCGCGCUUGGUUUAGAGAUUUCUACGAUCACGCACACGCCUUCGAUCGGUAUCCGGAGAUUUGGGAGGGUGGCACGUUGCUGGUGAUCCGUGGUGAAACCAUGACUCCGGACGAGUACAUGAAGGAGCAGGAGCGAAAGGCGCUGGAGAAGAAGAAGAGCGCCGAGCAGAAGAAGAAGGAAGCGGAGGCGCGGAAGAAGUUGAAGGAGAAGGAAAAGGAAAAGCGGCUGGCGGAGAAGGAAAAGAUUAAGGAAAUGAAGCGCGAGGAAAAGGCUCGGGAAAAGGCGGAGGGCAAGACGUACGACUACAAGAAGCCGGAGUUCGCGACGAAUGCGUAUCUAACGAUGCAAGAAGCUCUGGCAAGCUACGAGAAAGAUUGGUACUUUGUUGACGAGUUGGAAAAUAAGGAAGAGCUGCCCAUCAUGGAGUGGAUUACGUUGGAUAAGUUCGCUGAAGUUCACCAGGAGCUGCGACCCAUAGUGGAUGAGGUGCUUCGCGCUGAACGUGAACUGCUUCAGAAGGCACUCUGCAAGGACAACAAGAAAAAGUACAAGCCGGCGAAGCCCAAGAAAGAAAAGAAAAAGCGCGGAAAAGGGAAGAAGGGCAAAAAGAAAAAGAAGGAAGCUCCGGAUCUAACAGCAGAUCGAACGACUGAUUCUCUUUACGAAGAGCUUGUCGAGAAGAACGUAAUCCGCACGUACAAGAAGCGCAGCAUUGACGACUACAUCGGAGACUACAACUACGCAGCGUACGAGCGGAGGAACUUCUUAGAUCAAGAUCCACCGGCGGCGCUGGGUGAAGUUCGGGACAUCAUCCGCUCUUGGCUCUUUGGGAUGGGACCGCUGGCAAUCCCAAAGCCGAAGUCGUUUUGCCUCAUGGGUCCUCGCGGAUACGGCAAGACCAUGCUAGUGGAAGCUGUCUGCAGUGAAACUGACUCCGUUCUGUUCGAUCUCAGUCCCGCGAUCGUAGCCCCGAUCUCUCCGGCUGAAAUGACCAUGUUCCUGCACAUGAUUCUCAAGAUGGCCCGCAUUCUACAACCGACAGUCAUCUCCAUCGACGAAGCCCACAAAGUGUUCUACAAGAAAGUUCCUCCGGACGAGAAGCACCUGGAUCCAACCAAGCUGAGCAAGCACCUCCUGAAACACCUAAUCAAGAAGAUCAAGAAGGAAGAGAAGAUCCUGCUCGUGGGAACGUCCAGCGCACCGUGGCUCGCAAAGAUGGGCAAGUUUAAGAAGAGCUUCGAAAAGUUUCUGAUUCUUCCGAAGACGGACUACGGCUCGACGCAGCUGCUGUGGCGGCACGCGCUGAACCAGAAGGUUGGGAUUGGUAAGGAUUUCCCAUUGUCGCCGUUGGCGAUGGUCACCAAGGGGUACUCUCCGCAGCAGAUCUUGGACUGCGUGAAGCACACGUUGACGAUUAGGAGGAGGAUGAGACUAGUACGAGAACCACUGACUGCAGAAGAGCUGGUGGAGCAUUUUCUACAAAAAGUACCUGCUGAGUAUCCCAUUACGGACAAGGACUACGACAAAUUUCUCAAGUUCUACCGCAAAGCGGACAAGCUGGCCAAGCAGCGCGCCAAGAUGAUCAAAGCCCGCGAGGAAGCGCUGGCCAAACUGAAAGCGAAACAGGCCAAGAAGAAGUGAUCUCGGGGUGUGAUAUCUUGAAC